CCAAGCYAGUUAUUAAUAACAGCCCAGUGAGCUCCUGAUCCACCAACAGCAUAUGGUGUUUUUCACCAGAAAGAGAGAUCAUUCCUUUGACUUUGGACUUUGCUUAUUGAACCCCUGAACUGAGCCAAGGUUGCUAGGAGACCACCUGUGCUGAAUGUACUGGGCCUAGCAAGAGCAGACCGAGAAAAAAUAAAUAAAUAAAUAAAAUAAGGAGCUCGUUACCUACGACUACCUGGGAUUGAUUCAGGGAGCCAGGAAUAUUCUGAAUAUGAGUGGAAAAAGCUGGAUAUUAAUUUCUACUACUGCCCCCCAAAGUCUGGAAGAUGAAAUUGUGGGGAGACUUCUAAAAAUUUUGUUUGUUUUAUUUGUUGACCUAAUGUCUAUUAUGUAUGUUGUUAUAACUUCUUAGAAAACUGACUUCACAUGUGCAUUUCAAAUUAAAUUCCAGUGAGUAAAAAUUUGUAUUUAAAUAU